AUGGAGCGCGGCUCUGUUGUGGCCAACCUGGCUGCGGAUCUGGGACUUGAUCUAAAUUCCCUGCAAGACCGAGAGCUCGACGUUGUCAUAGAAAACCCAUUACGCAUCUUCAACAUUGAGCUCGGGAUUACAGACAUAAACGACAAUGCUCCGCAUUUCCGUCGAGACAAAGUCGAGUUGGACGUUUCUGAAUCUGCGGCACCGGGGGAAAGGUUCUCUCUGCCCAACGCUGUGGAUCCAGACGUGGGCAUAAACACUAUUAAAACGUACAAACUCAGCGCGAGCAAACAUUUCACCAUCGAGAUUCAGACGGGCAGUGACAGGACUCAGUAUGUGGAUUUGGUUUUGACCAAAUCUUUAGACAGAGAGGAGACAGCAGCGCACCAUCUAAUCCUGACAGCCGUGGAUGGAGGUGUCCCUGUGCGCUCCGGCACCGCAAUCAUCGUGGUCAGAGUGCAGGAUACGAAUGAUAACCCUCCGCGCUUCGACAAUCAGAUUUACACAAUUAACAUGACAGAAAACACUCCAAUAGGCACCGCAGUGACGAGGCUUAACGCAACAGAUCUCGACGAGGGUCUGAACGCAGAGAUAGUGUACUCAUUCACCCUCUACACGUCAGAAAAAACACAAGAUGUGUUCGCACUAAAUUCAAACACGGGAGACAUAACCGUGAAAGGGAUGAUAGAUUAUGAAGAUAUGAAAAUGUACGAGAUGCACAUCGAGGCCAGAGAUAAAGGGACACACCCACUGCUAGGAUCGUGCAAAGUAGUCGUUUACGUGACAGAUGUGAAUGACAAUUACCCAGAAAUUACCAUUCAGUCUGUCAAAAACACAGUACCUGAAAACAUACCUGUAGGGAGUGUGGUUGCGCUAGUGGAAACAAGUGACAGAGAUAUUGGAGAAAAUGGAAAAGUCAGCAUAUCUAUUCAUCACGCGAUGCCUUUUAUUUUGAAAAAAUCAUCAGAUAAACCGGAACAAUAUGAACUCAUUGUAUCCGAGGCUUUAGACCGUGAGAAGGUCCCAGAAUUUGAAAUUAGGUUGAUUGUAACAGACUCAGGCACGCCCCCCCUGUCUGACAAUGAAACGAUAACAGUACGUUUAUUGGAUGUAAAUGAUAAUGCUCCGAAGUUCCCCAAGUCCACUUAUACCAUCCGUGUGAUGGAGAAUAAUGCUCCUGGGUCCCUGUUGGAGUCUCUGAGUGCAUUUGACCCUGACCUCCAUGAAAACCAGUAUCUGGUUUACGUCAUCAUAGAGAAGGAGAUCGCCAACACCUCCGUGUCCAUGCUGUUCUCCAUCAAUCCAGAGGAUGGGAAACUUUAUGCACUGAAAACCUUUGACUAUGAGAUUGAGAAGGAGUUUCUUUUCCACAUCGAGGCCAGAGACUCUGGCUCUCCUCCUCUCAGCAGUAAUGUGAGCGUCCACAUCAUCAUUGUGGACCAGAACGACAACGCUCCUGUCAUUGUGUCUCCAUGGCGUGCACACGGCUCUGUGGUGGAGGAGAAGAUUCCCAGAUCCACAGAUAAAGGCUCCCUGGUUGCCAAGGUGAUCGCUUUGGACACGGACUCUGUGCACAACUCUCGGAUUACAUACCAGUUCCUCCAGGUGACUGAUGCCACCUUGUUCAGUCUGGACCAAUACAACGGAGAGAUCCGGACCAUGAGGAUGUUCAGUUACAGAGACCCGCGCCACCAGAGACUGGUUGUUGUUGCCAAGGACAACGGGGAGCCGGCUCUCUCUGCUACAGUCACCAUCAAGCUGUCAACAGAGGAGACUGCUGUUAAGGCCUACUCUGACAUGACUGAGGUGCCUCUGGAAUAUGACAUCUUUUCAGACCUCAACCUGUAUCUGGUGAUUGGUCUGGGCUCGGUGUCUUUUCUCCUGCUCAUCACCAUCUUGGUCACCAUCGUGCUGAAGUGUCAGAAAGCCAAGCCCAGCAAAGCGGCUCCUCCCAGCAGGAACAGUGUGAUCAGUGAGAGGAACUCCACCAUCGCAGACUCCACUCUGGUGUCCAACGAUGCCUACUGGUACAGUCUGUUUCUGGCAGAGACCAGGAAAGGGAAGCUGGUGGUUAGACAGCCUGUGCCAAAGGGCUCCAGAUACAUCGUGUCCAGCAUUCCAAGAGGGACAGGACUCACAGACACUAGUGACUCAGCUGCCUCCACUCUGCAGACGGCGCCAUAA